CGUGCUUCAGAAUCCAUACAUUUCGCCAUAAAUUCACUUUCUCGACUACUAAGGUCACGAAAAUCAUGCUUGAGAUCCACGAGCAUUUCCUACGAGUCCCCGCGCAAUCUGUUUUAAAGACUUUGCAGGUGUUUUGCCUGAGUCAAAAACUAUUCUGCAGCGAGAAUUUCAAGAAAAAAAUCAGCAAGGAAGCCGAACUCCUGUUGCAAGAAUGCCAGGGCCUAAAAGAGGAGGCAUUCUACAAGGAUGAUGUAUCCCACCUUAUGGGUAAUGAGCUACUCUGUGACCAUGUGGAAGAAAUUCCCAGUAAGCUCACUCAGGAUGCUUUGCUUAAACUAUCUCUUCUUGCUUGGCACUUUGACUCGAAUGGCUCUGUUUCCGAAGAGCUUCGUCAGUUCGUCGCCGAGCCCAAUGCCAUGUUUCACCAAGUUUGCAAGUUCAUCCGGAAUCAGUAUAACGCCAGGUCAGAGGGUUUUUUGUCAGUUGAAGAUUUCGAGAGAGAAAUGAUGCACUUGUUGACAUUCCUCGAAGCUGCUUUUACAACUGGAUGGAACGUGAUCUUCGUGAAACCAAACUACUCAGGUAUUUACACUGAGUAG